UCUCCGGGCGGCAGCCGCGCUCCGCCCCGCUCGCGCGGCUGCCCGGCCGGCUGUGAUGUCACCAGGCCACGCCCCCUAAUAUAAAUACUGGCGUCGCUGGCGCCGCCUUCUCACACUCUCAGGCUCAGAUCGCGGCUGCAGCGUUUCUUUUUUUCCUUUUUUCUUCUGCCGUCGCCUCCUCUGCCUUGUCUCAUCCUUUCUCACUGUGCUGCUCUGCGGUGUUACGAGUCCGAAUCCUCUUCCCACCCAGACCGCGCCUUUCUUCUUUUGCCUGCGCUGUUCUAUUUCUCCUUCGGCUGCCGCCGCCACUGCUGCACAGCUGGUGUCGGUGCCGCGCUUUUACCCCCACGUCGUUCCCGCAGCCUAUGGCCCAGGCCGCCUUGGGUAUUUCUGCUCAAGGUAACCACAUCCCUCUUUAAAAAUUCCGCCGAAAAAGAGAAGACGCUUUACCCGACUCUUUGGGCCGUUAUCUCACGGCGAACUUUCUGACCAAGUAUACAACUACCCAGAGGGCCUAGGAGAAGUGCUGUAUAGAGAGCAGUUCGACUUCAACGCUGAGCCACCUUGGGAACCUAGCUGAUGAUAGGGGGGUUCCAUCUCCCAACUUGUCCAUGGAGGUCUUCACUUCAGAAAUCCAAGACUCAUAUUCAUCCAGCUUGGUGUCAAGUGGGCUGUUGCUGCCAGAAUUAUCUUGUGAUUAUUUGAGAGAUGUAUCAGUUUCUUCUGAAGUACAAUCAACUGUAGAAGCCUUUGUAGCAGUUUGUUGCAUAUUCUAAGGACCCAGACAUAGGCUUGGUGGCCCGUCUCUUGUCUUUCCUGGUUUAUGACUUUCGGCUUUGUGGAAUACGGCUGAGAUGAAAGGAUUUAUUGAUGAUGCAAACUACUCCGUUGGCCUGUUGGAUGAAGGAACAAACCUUGGAAAUGUUAUUGAUAACUAUGUUUAUGAACAUACCCUGACAGGGAAAAAUGCAUUUUUUGUGGGAGAUCUUGGAAAGAUUGUGAAGAAACACAGUCAAUGGCAGAAUGUAGUGGCUCAGAUAAAGCCAUUCUACACAGUGAAGUGCAACUCUGCUCCAGCUGUACUUGAGAUUUUGGCAGCUCUUGGAACUGGAUUUGCUUGUUCCAGUAAAAAUGAAAUGGCUUUAGUGCAAGAGUUGGGUGUAUCUCCAGAAAACAUUAUUUACAUAAGUCCUUGCAAGCAAGUGUCUCAGAUAAAGUAUGCAGCAAAAGUUGGAGUGAAUAUCAUGACAUGUGACAACGAAAUUGAAUUGAAGAAAAUUGCACGUAAUCACCCAAAUGCCAAGAUUGUUUUUCAUUAGGUUCACUUGAUUCAUCCGUCGCUGGAUUUGGGAGCACUGGCAACAUAAUCAACACACUUCCUACAAUCUUCAGGCUUCACAUGUGCUGAUGAUGAUGUAAACCAACUCUGCCCCAAUCAUCUCCCCUUCUCUUAGGGUUUUACUACAUAUUGCAACAGAAGAUAAUAUUGGAGGUGAAGAGGGUAACAUGAAGUUUGGCACUACCCUGAAGAACUGUAAGCAUCUCUUGGAAUGUGCUAAGGAACUUGAUGUCCAAAUAAUUGGGGUUAAAUUUCAUGUUUCGAGUGCUUGCAAAGAAUCUCAAGUAUACGUACAUGCUCUAUCUGAUGCUCGAUGUGUGUUUGACAUGGCUGGAGAAAUUGGCUUUACGAUGAACAUGUUAGACAUUGGUGGAGGAUUCACGGGAACUGAAUUUCAAUUAGAAGAGGUUAAUCAUGUUAUCAGCCCUCUGUUGGAUAUCUACUUUCCUGAAGGAUCUGGUGUUAAGAUAAUUUCAGAACCCGGAAGCUACUAUGUGUCUUCUGCAUUUACACUUGCAGUUAAUAUCAUAGCAAAGAAAGUUGUUGAAAAUGAUAAAUUUCCCUCUGGAGUAGAAAAAACCGGAAGUGAUGAACCAGCCUUCAUGUAUUAUAUGAAUGAUGGUGUUUAUGGUUCUUUUGCAAGUAAACUGUCUGAGGACUUAAAUACCAUUCCAGAGGUUCACAAGAAAUACAAGGAAGAUGAGCCUCUGUUUACAAGCAGCCUUUGGGGUCCAUCCUGUGAUGAGCUUGAUCAAAUUGUGGAAAGCUGUCUUCUUCCUGAGCUGAAUGUGGGAGAUUGGCUUAUCUUUGAUAACAUGGGAGCAGAUUCUUUCCAUGAACCUUCUGCUUUUAAUGAUUUUCAGAGGCCAGCCAUUUAUUACAUGAUGUCAUUCAGUGAUUGGUAUGAAAUGCAAGAUGCCGGAAUUACUUCAGACUCAAUGAUGAAGAACUUCUUCUUUGUGCCUUCUUGCAUUCAGCUGAGCCAAGAAGACAGCUUUUCCGCUGAAGCUUAAACAGGCAUUAACGCUUCUUUAGAUCUGAAGUUGCAGGUUAAGCUUGUCUGGUCAACAUUCCAGUGUGGAAAAAUAAUUUAAACAAUCUUAUUCUCUUAAUUCUUUUGGCAACAAAAACUAUUAGUAAUAGCUAUUUGGGACCAGACAAAAACAGCUUUCAUCUAUAAUUCAUUGGGGAUAAUGGGAGAUUUAGAUAAUGUGUCCAGAUUUAAACCUACCAGUUUGUCCUACCCCUUAAGCGUUUAAAAUAAAAUAUGCAACAAAAUGGAUGACUUAGUGGAGAUGGAAGCCCAUUAAUUGGGUUCCCCAUUAAAUCGUUUACAUACAAGAACACAGUUUUUAUACUAAGGAUUUGUGUUUAAAGUCUUGUAAAGUUCAUGUCUUUCACCCAGAUAUAUCAAAUGUUAGCGGAAGACCAGUGUGACUUCAUUAGAUAACGUUUAGUGUAUUUAGAAUGUGUAAAUUUGUGCUUUGAACUGUAGUUUAAUAAAUGUAAAAUUGCAUCAUAGUAUUUGUUGACCUAAUGUAACCCUUGUAUGAUUGCAAUAAAAUUUUGUGUAGAUUUUACUGUUCUUUCAGGCUAAAACUUUGGGAAAGGGGCUAGCUAGCAAAGGUAGUUUUGAAAUAGAUGUGUAUAUGGACUGUUUUGAAGGGUUUUUUUCUUUAUAGCCCAGUUAAGUUUUGUUUGGCUCAGUGCAUUUUUCAGUUAUUUAAUUAGUAAUUUAAGUAAAGUGUUUGGUAAAUCAUUGUGAAGUUCAGAUUCAUUAUGGAGAGUUGAUGUGCAGUAAGCAUGAUGUUUAACAAUUUUAACACCAAAAAUGUUAAUCCUGCAUAAAUCAAUUGUAAUAAUAAAUAGGUGUUUCUGUAUAGAUAGAAUGCAUAGAGUACCUUAGUAAAUCUUUGAAUCACAAUCUUUUGGCUGAAAUGGAAGAUUCUGUUAAAUACUUUGAAUAAACUUGGGGGGAGGGAAAUAAAAUUGCAGAAAACUGCAGAGCACUAAAACUUAAGAAGGGCUACAUCUUUAUCCAGAAACCUGUUGCUCUUUUGCACGGAAUGUUUAAAUUCAGAGUUGGGAUGGGGGUUGGGGUGAAGCACACUUACUAUCUUCAGUUGCAGUUAUUUCAAAUGUAGGAUUUUUUGUUGUUGGUUUGAACUGUCACCUUAGUUUCUUGUUAUUUCCAAUUUGUUCUGCUUAGUCAUUACUUUUGAUUCUUUUCUUACUAAAACUUUAUGGUGGUUGGGGGAAGGGAGUUAGCAUCACUAACCUGACAGUUGUUGCCAGGAAUUUGCUUUGUUUACUGCUAGUAUAUUAGAAAUCCUAGAUCUCAGAAUCACAAUAGUAAUAAACAACAGGGGUCAUUUUUUCCUAACUUACUCUAUGUUCAGGUGUGGAAUUUCUGUCUCCCAAGAGGAAAUGUGACUUCACUUUGGUGCCAAUGGACAGAAAAUUCUACCUGUGCUACAUAGAAGUUUGGAAUGCACUUAAUAGCUGGUUUUUACACCUUGAUUUCGAGGUGAAAAGAAAUUGAUCAUGAAUCUCUAAUAAAUUUAAAUCUCUUGAACCAGUAGGUGCUUAAUAUUUUUUUGAUUUGAUUAAUGCCCAUUUGACUCUCAUGGGUUCUAUUAAAAAUAUGUAUAGGACCCCAAUCCAUUGCCAUCAAAUUGCCCUUGGACUUUUUCAAGGUAUAUUAUGGGGUUUUAUGCAAAAUUCCAAGCUACCAUGUAACUUUUUUUUAACCGUUUAACAAGGAGGGGGGACUGCUUCCUACCUUCUUUACAUGUUGUGCAUUGUUGUGGUCCAGAAAUGCCAAACCUUUUAAAGAUGGUGCAACUUUGAGUCCUCGGCCUGACUAUACAGGCCUUGAACUUCAUGGCAUAUCAACUUUGCCAUAUCUGCAGGAGAGCUGUUCUAUAUGAAACAGUUCAGAGUUGCAAAUAUCACAUGUGAAUGAUAUGGUAACUUUUAAGAAAUGUCUGUAUUGUAUUUGAAGACUGUUUGCCAUAAAUCUGAAAUUUGAACCUAUGUAUUUCAAUUUGGUAUGCUAAAAAGUUCUGAAUUAAUGUAAAUUUUUUUGUUAUAAUAUUGUAAUCUCAGUUCAAAAGUUAACUGAAAAUAUAAAGCCCAGUGAUUUCUAUAUAGUAAAUUGAACUGUAAAGGUAACUUGUGUGUGAUUCUGAAUACAUAGAUAAAUGUUUUUAUUCCUCA